UUUUUUUUUUUUAUUGUUAUUAUGACUACUUGGUUCUCUUGGUUAUCCAGUCGUCAUGAAUCCAUCUCGACUGUCAUUAGACCCAAAAGAAAAGAAAUCGUAUUGUUUCUAGUGAAAUGGACCUCGAUAAUAUUGGUAUUAGGUAGCCUUGUCUUUUUUUCUAUAUAUCAAGUCGAUUUGAAUGCACACAUUGGAUGGCGAGAUUAUCUUGUUCCUGAUAGACCUUCAGCAGGAUCCCUUUCUAGUUGUUUUAAUAGACAGAUGAACAAGACAACACAUUAUAGUCUGUUUCCCAGUAUACCAGUCAAAGAAUUCGAUACUUGCUUUGAUUAUGCUAGAUUAAUCCAACCUUUCAACAAGUCAACCACCACCAGUCUAUUUCAUACGUAUUGGUCUACAGAACAAUCAAGCCAGUUGACACAAAAUCAGUUGGCCACAUUGCGUUCCUUUGUGGCCACACAACCAGCCAAUACUCAACUCUAUGUAUGGACAACACCUACCGAUCAAAAGAAACUGAUGCAAGAUCCAUUAUGGCAAUCCAUACGCUCGAACCGAAUCCAGUGGAUGUCUAUAGACACACUUGCUCUUCAACCCACAGAUCAGAUAGAGUGGAUGGUCAAGACCCAUAGUUUGUAUCAACAUGGUGGUGUUUGGAUGGAUUUGGAUGUGUUGCUGAUAAGGGACUUGUCUCCUUUAUUACAUCAGGAAUGGUUAUCGCAAUCCAGUUGCUUUGAACAGUCGACAGGGGCCAUGAUGCAUUUCUUUGCAGGAUCCUCUUAUGUAUGUGAAAUAGAACAAAGCUCCAAGACAUUCAGAGGUGCCUCUGUGUAUCAACAAGUCUAUCGUCGUUUAUUAGAACAUCAUAUCACACCAUGGGCAGUAUUACCUUGGUGCUUUACAGACCCAUCUCAGUGUCAGUCGAGUAAUUCAUUACCAGAUCUUUUUCGCCAUGGUGUGGGUCAAGAGGAGGUGCAUAAAAUGAUGCACGUAUUUGCCUAUCAUUGGCAUGAACAAUGGCAUCGUAAACCAGGAACUUUAUUUAAUUACCUGAUUGAAUUACAUAAAAAGACUACAACAUGGUAGCCCUUGUUUCUCUCUUUCUCUCUCUCUUUAUGACCAAACAUAUUUUAUACUAUAGUCCAGGUUCUGUGCUUUCAAAUGUGGGUGUAUUGAUCUUGUAUGAAAAGGGUCUUCAAGACCAAUUUGAAUUUAAACCUCUUC